AUGUCAACUUUGGCUCUGAGCGCAGACGUGGUCAGGACCGGGUAGGAAGAGCAAUGCAGGAGGCAUUUUACAUUUGCAUGCUUUUCCGUCUGAAAGCGAAGUGACAGUAGAUAGCCCUAUGCAUUUUGUAAAGCGCCUGUGCAAUUAUUUAAGUUUGGCCUCUCUGUGUUCUCUAAUGAGUCUACAGUAUUUAUCCUGUUUUGUCCGUGACUCCAUUUUUUUAAAUUAGAGCUUCUAUUGUCAGAUAAUAUCUAUUAGCCAUAGAAGUUGAGUUUUUAGGCAAGUUUGUAUUGAGUGGUAUUACCACCUCUUCAUGUACAUUUUCUCAGAGAAAGACAUAGACAAAGCCUACUGGUAGAACAUUUCUUUGUUACUAUCCAUGUUUGAGCAUUGACAGACUAUUUGUAGGAAAGUUAAGGUAUAACCAGACCUUUUGGACUGUGCAUUAGAGAUGGUGAGACUGUCUGGAGGUGAAGAACGAGGGAUAUAACUUGACUGUGCCUUUAAGUGGAGGAGUGGUGCAGAUUAGCCUGGUCCAUGAUCCUGGGCCCAUCUGUCAGGAGAUGCUCCGACCAGGAGGAAGUGUUGGGCACAGGCAGUCAGGCAGGAGACCCGUCUGCUCCUCUGUAGAGGUACCCUGGCACCCCCAUGGGCCCUACAGGAUCAGGGAAGCGUGCUCCUCGCCCACCAUUUACGUAUGGAUGCCAUCGUUAUUUUACGUUCACAACUGCAUAAACGAGAGUGAAGAGCUCUACCACUGACAAUCAUAAAGGAUGGUCUUGUUUCAUUAUUUAAUGGCUGGUGUGGUUCCCAGUUGGCACAAAGUAGCCUAGUUUGAGAAUGUGCAAUUUUUUAAAUACAUUUUGUGGGACUCAUUUCCUUUAAACCACUUUACCCUUGUAUCCAACAAGAUCAACCUACUCACACUAUUGUGCCUGAAUGGGCUGAUUCUUAAUCUCCUAGAGGUUUUAACAUGUGGAAUGUCUCCUUGCUAUAAGCUGUGCUUAAUGAAGUGUUUCAAUCUGCUAUAAUUAGCCACUGUUUCGGGUUUCAGACUUCAUCUCACACGUUUGUCAGAUUAUAAUUGUAUAAUUAGUCACACUUGACACUAAUUGGAUGUUGCUCAUGUGGACCAGUAUUCUCCUUUUGAGAUGAGGCAAAUGAAUUGGGGAGUCUUGUUGGCUUUGUUAUAGAGAAGGAGAUGGCAGCUGUGGGUGUAGCCAAAGUGUUGCUCCUCCCACACUGUGUGUGUUGUAUGCAUGGGAGAGGGAUAAGGGCCUCUACAAGCUACUGAUAAAAUGGAGCUAAAAAUAUUGAGCUUGUAUGUGGGCACAGGCCAUGUGUGUUAUUGGUAUUCUUUCUCAAGAUGACUCAGUGAAAUGGCUAUCUUAGCUAGAGUCGAUGUGUUCAAUAGGAAACAGUCUCUCUCCAGUCUAGACCCUCCCCUCUUGCAGGGAUGCAGCUAUGGCUUCCUGUAAAGCUCAGCUGCACCUGCAAAGACCCAAGACAUUUGCCUGAACAGAUCACAAAAGGCAGAAGUAUCUGGAGAAAAUUGGUGUUCUGAAAAAUGUGUAUUGCCCUUUGUCAGCCUGUAGAGGAUCAAGGUAUAGACAACAACAUUGUUUAUAACUGUAACUCUAGCCCUCAUAGGCCCUAAGCUAAAACUCUUGGGGUUCCUCAAAUGUAGUGUAAAAGACAAUAGAAUUAAUGCUACUGCAGAUCACUUGGCUUGCCGGGACUCAUGGAGUUGAGAUGUUAUUCUCUAUUAUGCAAAAUGUGUGUUAUGUAAUGCUCCCACUAAGGGCUGGGCACAGAUGUGACACCCCAAACCAUUGACAGGAGCACACUGAUAGAGGAGGCCCCAGCAUCCACAAGAUUUGCUUUUAGUUUCCCCCCUCACUCACAUCUGUAAGAUAAUGUGUGCUUUGAGGUAGGCCUAUCCUUACUGUAGCUCAGUCGCACACAGUGUCUGUGUCUGGUUAGCUGUGGUAUGUCUUUUUACCGUUGGAACAACCUUCCAACCACUUCAAUGUCACACAAAGGCCCUAAAAAACAAACAGUGGAAAAAAUAACGUAUGCAAGAGGGAAAAAAACAUAGAGAGCAAAGACAUGAGUAAGUGUGAGCGCGGCCUCUCUCACCUCCUGUGCUCUCAGACGCUGAGGCUCGUCACUCAUUAUGAGUGUUAGAGAGAUCUCUCACCUAGGCCGCUGCACCUGCUGCUCAGGGCACUGAGGGCAGUGCACUCAAAUGAAAGACGGGCAGCAACGUCUGAGACAGUUAACACCUCAUAACAGAGGGAGCUUUCAACAUUCCUUUCGCUGCUUGCUUUUCUAUCCCCCUGGCUGUUUUUUUUGUCAGACACAUUACCCUCCACUGAAGCUUGAUGGAAGUGAUCUAGGUACAGCAUUCAGAUUCACAUGACAUGGUAAUGGUACUGUAAUUUGUGGAGUAGUUUUAGGCCCAUUUAGGGCCUGCGCUCUUUAAGUAGUAGCCUAAUGACUGUAUUGUUAACAGGUACAACACAUGUAACUGCUGUAUGGCAUACAAUCUUGAAACAUGGUUGAGGUGCCAUGACAUGUUAAAAUGUCCUUGCUGCUCAGGGGCUGUAUAGGGCCAUAAGCAAACAAGGAAAUGCUCAUCCAGAGGAGGAGCUCCUCGUGGCUGGUGAUAUUUUUUUAUUUUUCUCAAAGUUUGUAUUUUUUUGUGGCAUUUUUCAUGAUUAUACAGAUAAUACAGACAGAACAGGUAGAGGGAAAAACACACACGGAUCCCCUACCAGAUCAAAACCACCCCAACCCCCCAUUCUCCAACAGAGCCCCACCCCAAAACCAGACUUAAAGCAGGCAUGAUAUAGAAUUUGAGUAAUAUAAGCAAACAAAAAAAAAUAAAAAAAGUAAUCAAACAAAAAGUAAAGAGGAGUAAAAAUAGUGAUACACAUUUUUUGGGGGGUUGGUUUAUGGAGUUGUGAAAUUAACUGGGUCCAUGUCUUCUACAAAGUAUAGGAAAGGGAGCCAGAUAUUAUAAAAUGUAAUUGCAGUUCUCCUAACGGAGUAGCCCAUUUUCUCUAGCUUGAGAUAUUGCAUGCCUUCCUUUAUCCAAUGGCUAAAAGUAAGAGGAAACCAAUCCUUUCACUUAAAUAGUAUAAGACAUCUAGCUAGAAGAGUAGUAAAUGCCAGCAUGUUGCCCAUAUAACUGUUUAGAGGGGGCCUCCUGUGGGGCCACUCGUAUAAUGAUAUGAAGGCAGAAGGUUUUAUAGGUCUCCCCAGUAUCUUAGAAAAUGUCUCAAAUUGAUAUCCAGAAAUCGGUCAAUUUCUGGCAUGUCCAAAACAUGGCAGUAAAGUAGCAGGAGCCUGCUUACAUUGGUCACAAGUGGGAUCUAUUUCUGGUCUAAUCUUGGAUAAUUUUGCCUUUGACCAAUGUAGUGGCCAGUGAUUUUAAUGCAGGAAACAAAAAUCUAUUUUACCUAAUUUCUACCAGCAUGUCACCUUUGCAAAGUUAGAGGAGACAAAACUCUAGAGCUGUGUUCGAAUACCCAUACUAACAUACGGUAUACUACAUACUUAAUAUACUGCAUACUAUAUACUAUUAGUUCAUUUUAGUAUACUGUAAACGAACAAGAUGUGACUGGGGCUCAGCUCAUUGCAGAGGCACUAAAAGCUCAGGUGAAGUGUGUGCAAUAUAUAUAAAACAGUGUUAUACUGUGUAACCGUGUUGCUAAUAAUAUAUUAGUCGCUGAUACUGUCCUUGGCAGUGAGAAUGUAGCACUACGAGUUGUGAAAGUGUGCCAUAGGUCAUUGCACUGGUAUAGCUAACUAUUAAUAUUGUUGUAGAAAAACAUUUAGAUGUUUAUGUGGAAUAGUAUAUGUUAACACCCUUGUUGAUGCAUGCCAAUGUGUGUGUCAAUGCAAAGAAAAUCUAAACUACAUUGUAACAAUUCAUAUACAAUUCAGUAUGAAAAUGUAUGCACUCACUAACUGUAAGUCGCUCUGGAUAAGAGCGUCUGCUAAAUGACUAAAAAUGUAAAAUGUAAAUGUAUCCUUUCAGUUGAUCGUACUAGCGCUUCGCCUGUCUGCCGGAAGUUGAUGCUGUUGCUAUGCAACCUCUUGCUAGCUUGUUAGCAUAACAAAUUACUAGCUAGACAUAUUACGACUUCGGGUGUGUUCUUAAAUUCAAUGUGGAGUGCCAGAGUGUGCUCGGAGUGCGCACUGGGCGUUCGUAAAUUCAGAGCAUUGUCAGAUGGUCCGUUUGUAAAUUCAGAGUGUUUCGCUCUGGGAGCGUUCAGAGGAGUAGGGUUGAUUAGAGCGUUCUGACCUUACAACAGCAGUCAAUCACCCAAGCUGACUGGCUAGCUACUUCCAGACACAAAUGAGAGAACACCUCACUCUGACCAUUUUACUCGCCCUGGCAGAGCUAGUUAGGUAGUUUUCAUGUUAUCCAGAGCAUUGGUGACUGUAACUGUGCUGCUGGCAACUAUUUAAUUACGCUUUUUUGCCGACGUUUACUGACACCGGCCAUAUUCAACGGGUGUUGAGCGUUCGUAAAUUCAUCAGUUAUUCUGCGCUAGUCUGGUACACUCAGACGAGAGUGCUCUGAAAUCGGAGUAGAUAGACAGAGUGAAUUUACGAAGGCACCCGAAUGUCCAUUGAGAACGCACAACGACUAUACAAUUUAGCUAAGAAUGACAGGAAUAAUCAAGUCAAUAAACAUUGGGUAGUUAGUUAGAUAGCAUAUAGUUAAUGUACUGGCAAGUUUGAUGUAUUAGUAGCCAACUAAUGUUAGGUAGCAAGCUAACAUACUGGUACAUACUGCUGUAAUGAUAUGCUAUGUGGUUCAUAAGGAUAGCAUAGCUAACAAAUUGUCAGCCAACAUAACGUGUAAGGUAACUUAUUUGAAAAGUCAUAACUUUAUUACAUUGCUCAACAUUUUCUUAACAUUUGUCAUAAUUAGUUGAAGCAAUGAAUUUGUAUCCGCUCUCGUUGGACUUCGGCUACAUAUUUUCCGCCAUUUAUUUCAAAUCUGAAAACGAUAUGAAGCCACGGCCAUUUUCUGAAGAAUUGCAUUAUGGGCCCUAAAAGCACUGAAAUAGUGUCCACUGCUUGUAUACUUCGUAUUUUGGUGAAUGUAGUAACAACAAAAAAAUCCAGAAAAAUGCAUGUCAAAAAUGUUAUAAAUUGAUUUGCAUUUUAAUGAGGGAAAUAAGUAUUUGACCCCUCUGCAAAACAUGACUUAGUACUUGGUGGCAAAACCCUUGUUGGCAAUCAGAGGUCAGACGUUUCUUGUAGUUGGCCACCAGGUUUGCACACAUCUCAGGAGGGAUUUUGUUCCACUCAUUAUGGUUUCGAGGCUGACAUUUGGCAACUCAAACCUUCAGCUCCCUCCACAGAUUUUCUAUGGGAUUAAGGUCUGGAGACUGGCUAGGCCACUCCAGGACCUUAAUGUGCUUCUUCUUGAGUCACUCCUUUGUUGCCUUGGCCGUGUGUUUUGGGUCAUUGUCAUGCUGGAAUACCCAUCCACGACCCAUUUUCAAUGCCCUGGCUGAGGGAAGGAGGUUCUCACCCAAGAUUUGACGGUACAUGGCCCCAUCCAUCGUCCCUUUGAUGCGGUGAAGUUGUCCUGUCCCCUUAGCAGAAAAACACCCCCAAAGGAUAAUGUUUCCACUUCCAUGUUUGACGGUGGGGAUGAUCUCCAGAUCCUUCAGGUUUCGGUGCUGUCGCUGGCCAAUACGGACUUUCAGCUCCCUCCAAAGAUUUUCUAUUGGCUUCAGGUCUGGAGACUGGCUAGGCCACUCCAGGACCUUGAGAUGCUUCUUACGGAGCCACUCCUUAGUUGCCCUGGCUGUGUGUUUCGGGUCGUUGUCAUGCUGGAAGACCCAGCCACGACCCAUCUUCAAUGCUCUUACUGAGGGAAGGAGGUUGUUGGCCAAGAUCUCGCGAUACAUGGCCCCAUCCAUCAUCCCCUCAAUACGGUGCAGUCGUCCUGUCCCCUUUGCAGAAAAGCAUCCCCAAAGAAUGUUUCCACCUCCAUGCUUCACGGUUGGGAUGGUGUUCUUGGGGUUGUACUCAUCCUUCUUCUUCCUCCAAACAUGGCGAGUGGAGCUUAGACCAAAAAGCUCUAUUUUUGUCUCAUCAGACCACAUGACCUUCUCCCAUUCCUCCUCUGGAUCAUCCAGAUGAUCAUUGGCAAACUUCAGACGGGCCUGGACAUGCGCUGGCUUGAGCAGGGGGACCUUGCGUGCGCUGCAGGAUUUUAAUCCAUGACGGCGUAGUGUGUUACUAAUGGUUUUCUUUGAGACUGUGGUCCCAGCUCUCUUCAGGUCAUUGACCAGGUCCUGCCGUGUAGUUCUGGGCUGAUCCCUCACCUUCCUCAUGAUCAUUGAUGCCCCACGAGGUGAGAUCUUGCAUGGAGCCCCAGACCGAGGGUGAUUGACCGUCAUCUUGAACUUCUUCCAUUUUCUAAUAAUUGCGCCAACAGUUGUUGCCUUCUCACCAAGCUGCUUGCCUAUUGUCCUGUAGCCCAUCCCAGCCUUGUGCAGGUCUACAAUUUUAUCCCUGAUGUCCUUACACAGCUCUCUGGUCUUGGCCAUUGUGGAGAGGUUGGAGUCUGAUUGAGUGUGUGGAAAGGUGUCUUUUUAUACAGGUAAUGAGUUCAAACAGGUGCAGUUAAUACAGGUAAUGAGUGGAGAACAGGAGGGCUUCUUAAAGAAAAACUAACAGGUCUGUGAGAGCCGGAAUUCUUACUGGUUGGUAGGUGAUCAAAUACUUAUGUCAUGCAAUAAAAUGCAAAUUAAUUACUUAAAAAUCAUACAAUGUGAUUUUCUAGAUUUUUGUUUUAGAUUCCGUCUCUCACAGUUGAAGUGUACCUAUGAUAAAAAUUACAGACCUCUACAUGCUUUGUAAGUAGGAAAACCUGCAAAAUCGGCAGUGUAUCAAAUACUUGUUCUCCCCACUGUAUGUGCUUUCUUGAACAGGGGGACCUUGCGGGCGCUGCAUGAUUUCAGUCCUUCACGGCGUAGUGUGUUACCAAUUGUUUUCUUAGUGACUAUGGUCCCAGCUUCCUUGAGAUCAUUGACAAGAUCCUCCCGUGUAGUUCUGGGCUGAUUCCUCACCGUUCUCAUGAUUAUUGCAACUCCACGAGGUGAGAUCUUGCAUGGAGCCACAGGCCGAGGGAGAUUGACAGUUAUUUUGUGUUUCUUCCAUUUGCGAAUAAUCGCAAACUGUUGUCACCUUCUCACCAAGCUGCUUGGUGAUGGUCUUGUAGCCCAUUCCAGCCUCGUGUAGGUCUACAAUCUUGUCCCUGACAUCCUUGGAGAGCUCUUUGGUCUUGGCCAUGGUGGAGAGUUUGGAAUCUGAUUGAUUGAUUGCUUCUGUGGACAGGUGUCUUUUUAUACAGGUAACAAGCUGAGAUUAGGAGCACUCCCUUUAAGAGUGUGCUCCUAAUCUCAGCUCGUUACCUGUAUAAAAGACACCUGGGAGCCAGAAAUCUUUCUGAUUGAGAGGGGGUCAAAUACUUGAAGCGGAUUCUAAGCUACACAAACUGGAAUAUGUUACUGGAUUCAUCCGAUGGCAUUGAGGAGUUUACCACAUCAGUCACCGGUUUCAUUAAUAAGUGAAUCGACGAUGUCAUUCCCACAAUGACCAUACGUACAUAUAGGGCUGGGCGGAAUACCGUAUUUUACGGUAUACCGGUAUUGAUGCACGGACCGGUUUGGGUUUUUGCUUUACCUUCUAUAAUGGUAUUUUAAUGUUUGGUUUGUUAAAUGUGAUACGGCAGGUGUAACGUUAAUUUUUAUAGUAUACUUCGCUACCUGAGUCAUCUCUCCGUUCUCUCUCACUCUCUCCAUGCCGCUUUCCACACAAACCUAGCCCCGCCCCCUGUCACUCAAGGAGCGCAUUUGGUUUUCCUCGACCACAAGACACUUGCUUUCAGUCUGCAUGGUCAAUGCAGCACAUGGAAUAAUGUUGAUGAUGACCAUACUGUGUUCACUAUGCUUCUUAAUAUAAAUCCACUAGCGUUCUAUAAUUACACUAUUAGUUUGUGUUUCUUACAUCUGCAAACAGCUAGUUUGUCUGUUCUUAGCAAGUUGGGCCUAAAUGUUGUUAGCCGCUAAUGCUAAUCGCUAGUUAGCUGGCUAGCUAGCGGGCUGUCAUGUGCCUUUUACUGAUGAGUGGCUUCCAUCUGUCCACUCUACGAUAAAGGCCUGAUUGGUGGAGUGACCAUCAGGUUUUUGGUCACCUCCCUGACCAAGGCCGUAUUCCCCUGAUUGCUCAGUUUGGCCAGGCGGCCAGCUCUAGGAAGAGUCUUGGUGGUUCCAAACUUCUUCCAUUUAAGAAUGAUGGAGGCCAAUGUGUUCUUGGGGACCUUCAAUGCUACAGAAAUGUUUUGGUACCCUUCCCCAGAUCUGUGCCUCAACACAAUCCUGUCUCGGAGCUCUACGGACAAUUCCUUCAUCCUCAUGGCUUGGUUUUUGCUCUGACAUGCACUGUCAACUGUGGGACCUUAUAUAGACAGGUGUGUGCCUUUCCAUAUCAUGUCCAAUCAAUUGAAUUUACCACAGGUGGACUCCAAUGAAGUUGUAGAAACAUGAGCAAUAGAAACAGGAUGCAACUGAGCUCAAUUUCAAGUCUCAUAGCAAAGGGUCUGAAUACUUAUGUAAAUAAGGUAUUUCGGUUUUUAUUUUUAAUAAAUAUGCCAAUUUCUAAACCUGUUUUCUCUUUGUCAUUAUUGGGUAUUGCGUGUAGAUUGAGGGGGAAAAAUAAUUUAAUCAUUUUAGGAUAAGGCUGUAACGUAACAAUGUCGAAAAAUUUAAAGGGUUUGAAUACUUUCCGAAUGCACUGUAUAUGGCGCAUAGAAGUCCGAAGAGGGUGGCCAGCAGAGAUAGGUGGGAUAGGCUGAGGGAAACUGAGUGUUUGGAUGUGGAACUGGAGACAAGUGGGAGUGGAGUUGCUGGGCGGGGGAUAGAAUGAUGGUCAAAGAUAAAAUAAAAAAUAAUAAUACCAAAAAUAAAGUAUGUUUGAAUGACACUGAGGGGCAACGCUGUUACGUCCAAUGCCUGUUUGCCUGAGGCUGAUGCCACGCAGGUGCUUGUACGCAUGUACACAUGCAUAUACACACACUCUCAUUCAAAUGCACACACGGACAUGUACACACAUGUAAUUAGUGCCAGACAUGCACUGAAACGUAUACAGUUGGCCUUGCUUGAUUUUUUUUUGGGGGGGGCUCGGGUGGUUGAGGGGCAGCUCUCGGGGAACUCUGGGGGGAUCUUGCAUGGUUGGUGACCUGGCGGUUGGGAGCUUGGGCCGGUGGCCGAUGAGUCACUGGUUCGGGUCCCCAUUUUGACUUUGUGGGAGAUCUGUCGAUGUGUCCCUUGGGCAGGGCGCUUGACCCUGGUUGCUCCUGUGGGUUGCUCUGGAGCGGCUUCACUGCAGGUGGAUUGUAUGUUUUUUAAUAUAAAAAAUUAAUUAUACUGUUCGCAAAACAAUGUCCAUACAGGUUAGAACACAUUACAAUGCAAGAAGAUACAGGUAGCUCCCAGCUUUGUAGGCUAACUUUUCUUGUUAGCUUACAGCUGAAGAUAUCAUCAAAAUAUGCUGAUUUCAAAGCUGAUUGCCACAAACUUUAUUCAUUCCCUUGAUUGGUCUAUCAUGACUCUUCCAAAGAUGAUCUAUUGCCUCAGCAAACUGACUCCUGGCUGUCCCCCUCUUGCCUCGUGAAUGACGAAAGAGACAGCGCACGCUUUUAUUAAAUGUGACUGACCACCUCGAUUCGAAAUUAUGUAGCAACAUUUGAAAUUGUGUUUUUUACAUUAGAUAAAAGUAGAGACUCAGAGCUACAAAAUAGUAUAUCAUAAACUACAGUUGAGGAACAAUGGGAAAGUAAUUCUGCUUUGAAAGUUGAUAAACCUGUAACCCCCACUUUUGAGAAAAUGGCCCUUGAAUGUUUUCGUACACCUACUGGAGAGCUCUUCUUUGACUACACCCACUCAGCAUCGUUCACACCCUCUUAAGCCUUAGCCCCACCCAUCUCUAUUAGGAUUCACAUGUGUACAAGAACAAUAUCAGUGAUACUGGUGAUAAACAAGGUAGAUAUAUGCAUACAAUAAGGGGUAAAGUGGCUGAACAGCAGGAUUAAAAAAACCUUGCAAAAAUAAAUGGUAGAAGCAAUGUAUGACGUGUGUGUGUGUGUGUUAGGAGAGAGUCAUGUGAAUGUGCAUAGAGGUACUGCAGAUAGUCCUGAUGACUGGGAACUCGCCCCCAGUGAUGAACUGGUCCAUCCGUACCACGCAUGAACAAGGGAAUCUAAGAGCCUGUUUCAGUCCUGCCCUUGACUUUGGUGCAGUGCAUGUGAUGUCCAUGGCCUCUUCGUCGCAAAAAACUCCCUGAACUUCUCAAAUAUAUGUUUGUCUAGUUGUGUCCAGUCCAGGUGGUGCUUGUACAGGCAGAUCAUCUAUGGGAGGAAGGACGUCAGCGUUGUGCUGCAGCCGAAACCUGGUCCUGACUGAGUCCCAACGCUCCUUGUCGACAACAACACCAGGCUCCAGAGCAUCGAAGCUGUAAAACAGGAAAAUAGACAAAAAGAUAGAAGACAUUACAACCUUGCAUAACAUCAAUUGACCUCCCAAUUUAGAUAGUAAGAAUAACCUCCUACAAUGUAAUGAAAAUGAUAUUCACCUGAAGUGCUGGUACUGCUUGAUCUGUGCUGGUACAGAGUCAGGUGUUGUUGCCAGCCAUAGCUUUCCACCAGCACCAUACCAUCCUCCAGUCCAACCAGCUGUGGGAUGUUGACCCCUGUCACAGUGCUGUCAUUCACCACUCCAGCAAUCUCUCCACAGAUUCCUGAAGGAAGACAGCCUGACUACACGUACCUCUGAAAAAUACACAAAUAAUGUGAGAGUCAUAACAAUUGCGGCAAUCAUGUUAGAGGUCAAUGAAAUCAUCAAAAUAUGUGUUGUUUAUGCUUUACAUAGCAAGCGUUGUCAUCGAUUCCUUGUAGAGACGCUACACUGCUGCUUUUGUCACAUGAGAUGGCAGCAGCUUUCUACCAAAGUGUUUGUACCCUGGGUGGCGUCCUGGUAAUACUAUUGCAUUAUCCUUUGCAUAGUUGUUGAUGAAGUUCACAACUCAUUGCAAGUCCUCAUGCUUCAGAUGUAACCUGUGCUUGCUUGGGCCGGCUCUCAUUUUGAUGGGAGGCAAUAGACCAUUCUACUUGUAUGCCUGGUGGAGGAGAGUCAGGCGUGUUCUACUGAUGCUGAAAGACAAAUUCCAGAUACAAAUAUUUUAGCACUAUUAUACAAUAGAUGGCCGUAAUCAACGCCAGACACACCUGGCUAACUUUUAUGGGUCAUGUAAUCAUCUGGCGAAGUGGAGUCUUUUGUUUAGACAUGUAGCUAGCUAGCUAAACAAUGAACCAUAAUCCCAACCCAUAGAGUAGCAAUACAAACCGAUUGUCAUAGCUAGCUAACGCUACCCAACUAGGUUCAAUAGCUAGCUAACAUUAGGCUAUAACUAGCAAUGCAAAUGAAUUUCUGAGAUACGAAUAAUAUUGCUACACAGAUCAUACAGGUAACAUUAGCUAGUAAGCCAGCCAGCUAACGUUAGCUAGCUAGCUAACAGUACGUUUUAACUUGGAGUCUUUUGUUUAGACAUGUAACUAGCUAGCUAAACAAUGAACCAUCAUCCCAAUCCAUAGAGUACUAGCAAUACAAACCGAUUGUCAUAGCUUUCUGACAAAAUUAGAAACGUAUAAUAUCUGAAAAUGUAGCUAUUCUCUUACCUAUAUACAUGGAUGAACUCUUCUUGACAGACUGCAACCCCUUUCAUUAAAUAAGACGUCCUGUGUUGUUUCCGUUUUGUUUGUACAGCUUGCUUGGCCUGUUGUGUCAAGUCACUCUAGUUCACACUGACCGUGUGCAAUGGCAUAAGAAUCAUCAGGUCUUUCUCUGUCACGGAUGCCAUUGUUGCCUUUAGUUUGAAGAUGUAAUCCGGAUAAACACUUUUGCAGUUCUCCAUGAUAUCUUAAAAAAAAGCUGCAGUAGAAAAGAUUAUCUACACAUACCGAACAGCUCAUGUUAUUAGCAGAAGGUGCUACAUGGCAGGCCAAUCCGAACUAAUCUCUCGGCAUGUCCAGCCCAUUCAUUAUCUCAGCCAGUCAUGGCUAUUGGGAAGGUUCCUGUCUUUUUCCUUGGCUAAUUUUAACAAUUGUAUUCGUAUUUACAGAUGGCAUAGAAGUUUGUUAUUAAGGCACAUGAAAGUUCACAUGUUCCAGAAGGCAUUUCUGCCAAAAAACACAUGAUGAUAAAAUAAAAUAAAACACUUUUAAAUGCCUCCUGUGAAGUAGUGACGUGCGACAUACGCCUAGUUUCCUGAAACAAGUCACAAAUAAGAUACUUCUAUGCAAAUGUUGUUGAUCAGUACAAUAAAAUAAGUCCCAAAUGGAAGGGAACUAGAUUGUUUGUCAUCUGUAUCCCCAUGAAAUCAGCCAAAACAAGCUCAAUAAAUCUAUGCAUGCAUUGGCCUAGGCUACAUCUUGAUUUACCCAGUUUAUCAAUAGAGAUUUACCAUUCAAAUAAAUGAUUACCAGCAUGUUAUGUCGUUAGAUUGGUAAAAACAAAGUCAAAUUGAUUGUAUGAUUUGUAUAAUUUAUUCAUUAAUGCAUACAUAACAUUUCAAAUGUGAUGAUAUUGAACUCAAAAGAUGCCCAACAAUUGAACAGAGCAGUAGCUGAGUUUAUCUGUCUGGAUCAAGUGCCAUUCUAAGCCUUCUUUUUUUGCAGUGGUAUAGUUUUGGUAUCGAUGUUAUCAAGAAUCGUGAUACUAAACCUGGUAUCAGUAUCGAAGUCAAAAUUCUGGUGUUGUGACAGCACUACUCGGUACUGGUACCCUGUGUAUAUAGCCAAGUUAUCGUUACUCGUUGUGUAUUUAUUAUAACUUUUAUUAUUAUUACGUAAUAUUACUUUUCUAUUAUUUCUCUAUUUUCUUUCUCUGCAUUAUUUGGUUGGGCCCCUAAGUAAGCGUUUCACUGUUAGUCUACACCUGUUGUUUACGAAGCAUGUGACAAAUAACAUUUGAUUGAGGCCAGUUUUAUAACCUUUGAAUGCACAUGUAAGCUCACUGCUCUAUGACAUUUCCACAAGGCCUAGAAUAACAUUGGCAUAAUUAUCCACUGCUCACUGACUUUGUUAGUUUAUAACAAGAUGAUUUUGCCAGGAUGCCAUCCUAACUGAUGGUUAGGCUAGUCUUUAACCUCGGUCUCUAGGCUUCAUUCUCUCCCGAGAUCUCUCACUCUCUCAUGCGCUCUCCUUGCCUUGUGUACCUGGGACUGUUUACUCUUCACAACUACACACGCAGCCUCUUUCCCAGAAUCCUCAAACACUGUGGCUUUCUCGCACUGCAGAGCCUUCCUCUUUGUGAGGGACAACAUUCCAAGCAUGUCUGUUUAUCUGCUGGAAGCUGUCUAAUCAGGGAAUUAGGGAGAAAGAGAGGAUAGGGUUGUAGGACAAGGAGGAAAGAGAGAGAAGGCAGAUUUUGGCUUUUUUGCUCGGCCUAAGCAUGCCUCUCUUCUCUGAUCGAGACUGGGAGAGCUGCGACUACAGCGCCUCAUUAAGUGUUUGUCUUUUCAAAAUGGCUGCCUGUGUGUAUUGUAAUUGAGAACAUGUGGUGAAAAUUCAUUACAGCUAUAUGUGUUGUUGCCAUGUUCAAGAAGCUGUCUGCCAGUGGCAGGCCCAGCUAGGUAGAACUUUACAGAGGCAUAUGUUGCUGUCUUUUGUCUUAGAUUCAGCAUUCAUCCUCAUUUGAUAUAAUUAUAUCUGUGUGCUAGAGGCUCUGCUUCGAUUAAUUAAGCAGGAUAAUUACCAUAUGUGACAGGGACUGAAGGUUUGAAUGUGAAAUCUCCUCCUUUCACAGCUAAUAUUAACAUUGAUACCCUAAGUGGCUGCCAAACUAUCACUGGCAUUGAAAAAACCUUCACAAACUACAGCGUCAUUGAGAGAAUAUUAGUACUGUCUGUAAAUCUGUAUACGUUAGUCAUGACUCUUUGAACACAUUCAUAUUGUGAUGCCCUAGCCUAACCCAAUCAUCCCCUUCAUUGAUUCAACGCCCUAAAUAGAAACCAAAGCUCACUACUGUGUAGAAUGUCAUGUGACCGUCCCAGCAGCCCAAAGGUCAUGACGAUAGGCUAGGCUAUAUGAAAGUCACGUCGCUCUCUGCAAAGAGCAAUAUAAGCAUCACACGGACAACAAUAUUCAGCUUAGUCACAUAGUUUGUCCAUGGUAGAGCCACUCCAAUCAAUGAGUAAAGAUCCUGAGAAUAGUGUUUGUUUGAUUCUUUGAUUGACCCUGGUGAUUAACAUGAUUAAAGGUCGACUGUAAUCAUCAUUUGCAUUUCUGCUGGUUGCUAGGGGACAGCACUUAAUCCUCCAUCCCUGAUUGUAUGCAGACAGAUCAGGAGAGAGGGUGAAGAGGUGGAAAUAUGCUUCUAGAAUGUAGCCGAUACCAACCCUGUAAUGUUUACCAGUGUUUUCCACAAGCACAUGGAGUAGCCAGCCAAAUAGAAAAAGUAGCCAGCCAGGCUCCCCCAAUUUUGGUGGCCUCUGUUACAUUCUGAUUUGUAUUUUCGACAAGCAACUAUAAGGAAAUAGCACUAAUCCAUUUUUUCCCACACUUUUACUGUAGACUAGGUUUCCAUCCAAUUGGCAACAGAUUUUCAUGCGAAUAUUCUAAAAUCUGCGCAUUUUCCCACCAGAAGUGUUUCCUUCAAAUUGACUAGUUGUAGAUAAAAGGCUGUGGUUGAUGACGUAGUGCACAAAACAUUUUUAUCAAAUCAAAUCAAAUUUUAUUGGCCACAUGCGCCGAAUACAACAGGUGCAGACAUUACAGUGAAAUGCUUACAUUACAGCCCUUAACCAACAGUGCAUUUAUUUUUAACAAAAAAGUAAAAAUAAAACAACAACCAAAAAAGUGUUGAGAAAAAAAGAGCAGAAGUAAAAUAAAAUAACAGUAGGGAGGCUAUAUAUACAGGGGGGUACCGGUGCAGAGUCAAUGUGCGGGGGCACCGGCUAGUUGAGGUAGUUGAAGUAAUAUGUACAUGUGGGUAGAGUUAAAGUGACUAUGCAUAAAUAAUUAACAGAGUAGCAGCAGCGUAAAAGGAUGGGGUGGAGGGGCAGUGCAAAUAGUCUGGGUAGCCAUGAUUAGCUGUUCAUGAGUCUUAUGGCUUGGGGGUAGAAGCUGUUGAGAAGUCUUUUGGACCUAGACUUGGCACUCCGGUACCGCUUGCCGUGCGGUAGCAGAGAGAACAGUCUAUGACUAGGGUGGCUGGAGUCUUUGACAAUUUUGAGGGCUUUCCUCUGACACCGCCUGGUAUAGAGGACCUGGAUGGCAGGAAGCUUGGCCCCAGUGAUGUACUGGGCCGUACGCACUACCCUCUGUAGUGCCUUGCGGUCGGAGGCCAAGCAGUUGCCAUACCAGGCGGUGAUGCAACCAGUCAGGAUGCUCUCGAUGGUGCAGCUGUAGAUUUUUUUGAGGAUCUGAGGACCCAUGCCAAAUCUUUUCAGUCUCCUGAAGGGGAAUAGGCUUUGUCGUGCCCUCUUCACGACUGUCUUGGUGUGUUUGGACCAUGAUAGUUCAUUGGUGAUGUGGACACCAAGGAACUUGAAGCUCUCAACCUGUUCCACUACAGCCCCGUCGAUGAGAAUGGGGGCGUGCUCAGUCCUCUUUUUUUCCCUGUAGUCCACAAUCAUCUCCUUUGUCUUGGUCACGUUGAGGGAGAGGUUGUUGUCCUGGCACCACACGGCCAGGUCUCUGACCUCCUCCCUAUAGGCUGUCUCAUCGUUGUCGGUGAUCAGGCCUGCCACUGUUGUGUCGUCGGCAAACUUAAUGAUGGUGUUGGAGUCGUGCCUGGCCAUGCAGUCAUGGGUGAACAGGGAGUACAGGAGGGGACUGAGCACGCACCCCUGAGGGGCCCCCGUGUUGAGGAUCAGUGUGGCAGAUGUGUUGUUACCUACCCUUACCACUUGGGGGCGGCCCGUCAGGAAGUCCAGGAUCCAGUUGCAGAGGGAGGUGUUUAGUCCCAGGAUCCUUAGCUUAGUGAUGAGCUUUGAGGGCACUAUGGUGUUGAAUGCUGAGCUGUAGUCAAUGAAUAGCAUUCUCACGUAGGUGUUCCUCUUGUCCAGGUGGGAAAGGGCAGUGUGGAGUGCAAUAGAGAUUGCAUCAUCUGUGGAUCUGUUGGGGCGGUAUGCAAAUUAGAGUGGGUCUAGGGUUUCUGAGAUAAUGCUGUUGAUGUGAGCCAUGACCAGCCUUUCAAAGCACUUCAUGGCUACAGACGUCAGUGCUACGGGUCGGUAGUCAUUUAGGCAGGUUAUCUUAGAGUCCUUGGGCACGGGGACUAUGGUGGUCUGCUUGAAACAUGUUGGUAUUACAGACUCAGUCAGGGACAUGUUGAAAAUGUCAGUGAAGACACUUGCCAGUUGGUCAGCACAUGCUCGGAGUACACGUCCUGGUAAUCCGUCUGGCCCUGUGGCCUUGUGAAUGUUGACCUGGUUAAAAGUCUUACUCACAUCGGCUGCGGAGAGCGGGAUCACAUAGUCAUCCGGAACAGCUGGUGCUCUCAUGCAUGCUUCAGUGUUGCUUGCCUCGACGCGAGCAUAGAAGUGGUUUAGCUCGUCUGGAAGUCUUGUGUCACUGGGCAGCUCGCGACUGUGCUUCCCUUUGUAGUCUGUAAUAGUUUUCAAGCCCUGCCACAUCCGACGAGCGUCAGAGCCAGUGUAGUACGAUUCAAUCUUAGUCCUGUAUUGACUCUUUGCCUGUUUGAUGGUUCGUCGGAGGGCAUAGCGGGAAUUCUUAUACGCGUCCGGGUUAGAGUCCCGCUCCUUGAAAGCGGCAGCUCUACCCUUUAGCUCAGUGCGGAUGUUUCCUGUAAUCCAUGGCUUCUGGUUGGGAUAUGUACGUACGGUCACUGUGGGGACGACAUCAUCAAUGCACUUAUUGAUGAAGCCAGUGACUGAUGUGGUGUACUCCUCAAUGCUAUCUGAAGAAUCCCAGAACAUGUUCCAGUCUGUGCUAGCAAAACAGUCCUGUAGCUUAGCAUCUGUGUCAUCUGACCACUUUUUUAUUAACCGAGUCACUGGUGCUUCCUGCUUUAGUUUUUGCUUAUAAGCAGGAAUCAGGAGGAUAGAGUUAUGGUCAGAUUUGCCAAAUGGAGGGCGAGGGAGAGCUUUGUAUGCGUCUCUGUGUGUGGAGUAAAGGUGGUCUAGAGUUUUUUUUCCUCUGGUUGCACAUUUAACAUGCUGGUAGAAAUGAGGUAGAACGGAUUUAAGUUUCCCUGCAUUAAAGUCCCCGGCCACUAGGAGCACUGCAUCUGGAUGAGCGUUUUCCUGUUGAUUUAUGGCCUUAUACAGCUCAUUCAGUGCAAUCUUAAUGCCAGCAUUGGUUUGUGGUGGUAAAUAGACAGCUAUGAAAAAUAUAGAUGAAAACUCUCUUGGUAAAUAGUGUGGUCUACAGCUUAUCAUAAGAUACUCUACCUCAGGCGAGUAAAACCUCGAGACUUCCUUAGUAUUUGAUUUUGUGCACCAGCUGUUGUUUACAAAUAUACACAGACCGCCACCCCUUGUCUUACCGGAGUCAGCCGUUCUAUCCUGCCGAUGUAGCGUAUAGCCCGCUAGCUGUAUGUUGUCCAUGUCGUCGUUCAGCCACGACUCGGUGAAACACAAGAUAUUACAGUUUUUAAAGUCCCGUUGGUAGGAUAACCGUAAUCUUAAGUCAUCCAAUUUGUUCUCCAAUGAUUGAAGAUUGGCUAAUAGGAUUGAUGGGAGCGGCAGUUUACUCGCUCGCCGUCGGAUCCUUACAAGACACCGACCUACGUCCAUGAUAUCUCCGUCUCUUCCUCAUGCGAAUGACGGGGAUUUGGGCCUUGUCGGGUGUCUGUAGGAUAUCCUUCGCGGCCGCCUCGUUGAAGAAAAAAUCUUCGUCCAAUACGAGGUGAGUAAUCGCUGUCCUGAUAUCCAGAAGUAUCUAUAGCCACAGUAAAACGAGUCCUAUAUCGACAUAACCUAAAAGGCAGCUCAGCAAGGAAGAAGCCACUGCUCCAAAACCGCCAUAAAAAAGCCAGACUACGGUUUGCAACUGCACAUUGGGACAAAGAUAGUACUUUUUGGAGAAAUGUCCUCUGGUCUGAUGAACCAAAAAUAGAACUGUUUGGCCAUAAUGACCAUCGUUAUGUUUGAAGGAAAAAGGGGAACGCUUGCAAGCCGAAGAACACCAUCCCAACCGUAAAGCACGGGGGUGGCAGCAUCAUGCUGUGGGGGUGCUUUGCUGCAGGAGGGACUGGUGCACUUCACAAAAUAGAUGGCAUCAUGAGGAAGGAAAAUUGUGGAUAUAUUAAAGCAACAUCUCAAGACAUCAGUCAGGAAGUUAAAGCUUUGUCGCAAAUGGGUCUUCCAAAUGGACAAUGACCCCAAGCGUACUUCCAAAGUUGUGGCAAAAUGGCUUAAGGACAACAAAUCAAGGUAUUGGAGUGGCCAUCACAAAGCCCUGACCUCAAUCCUAUAGAAAAUGUGUGGGCAGAACUGAAAAAGCGUGUGCAAGCAAGGAGGCCUACAAACCUGACUCAAAAUUUAUUGUGGGAAGCUUGUGGAAGGCUACCCGAAACGUUUGACCCAAGUUAAACAAUUUAAAGGCAAUGCUACCAAAUACUAAUUGAGUGCAUGUAAACUUCUGACCCACUGGAGAUGUGAUGAAAGAAAUAAAAGCUGAAAUGAAUAAUUCUCUCUACUAUUGUUCUGAUGUUUCACAUUCUUAAAAUAAAGUGGUGAUCCUAACUGAACUAAGACAGGGAAUUUUUACUAGGAUUAAAUGUCAGGAAUUGUGAAAACUGAGUUUAAUUGUAUUUGGCUAAGGUGUAUGUAAACUUCCAACUUCAACUGUGUGUCUGUGUGUGUAUAUAUACAGUGGGGAGAACCAAGUAUUUGAUACACUGCCGAUUUUGCAGGUUUUCCUACUUACAAAGCAUGUAGAGGUCUGUAAUUUUUAUCAUAGGUACACUUAAACCGUGAGAGACGGAAUCUAGAAAAUCCAGAAAAUCACAUUGUAUGAUUUUUAAGUAAUUCAUUUGCAUUUUAUUGCAUGACAUAAGUAUUUGAUACAUCAGAAAAGCAGAACUUAAUAUUUGGUACAGAAACCUUUGUUUGCAAUUACAGAGAUCAUACGUUUCCUGUAGGUCUUGACCAGGUUUGCACACACUGCAGCAGGGAUUUUGGCCCACUCCUCCAUACAGACCUUCUCCAGAUCCUUCAGGUUUCGGGGCUGUCGCUGGGCAAUACGGACUUUCAGUUCCCUCCAAAGAUUUUCUAUUGGGUUCAGGUCUGGAGACUGGCUAGGCCACUCCAGGACCUUGAGAUGCUUCUUACGGAGCCACUCCUUAGUUGCCCUGGCUGUGUGUUUCGGGUCGUUGUCAUGCUGGAAGACCCAGCCACGACCCAUCUUCAAUGCUCUUACUGAGGGAAGGAGGUUGUUGGCCAAGAUCUCACGAUACAUGGCCCCAUCCAUCCUCCCCUCAAUACGGUGCAGUCGUCCUGUCCCCUUUGCAGAAAAGCAUCCCCAAAGAAUGAUGUUUUCACCUCCAUGCUUCACGGUUGGGAUGGUGUUCUUGGGGUUGUACUCAUCCUUCUUCUUCCUCCAAACACAGCGAGUGGAGUUUAGACCAAAAAGCUCUAUUUUUGUAUCAUCAGACCACAUGACCUUCUCCCAUUCCUCCUCUGGAUAAUCCAGAUGGUCAUUGGCAAACUUCAGAUGGGCCUGGAAAUGCGCUGGCUUGAGCAGGGGGACCUUGUGUGCACUGCAGGAUUUUAAUCCAUGAUGGCGUAGUGUGUUACUAAUGGUUUUCUUUGAGACUGUGGUCCCAGCUCUCUUCAGGUCAUUGACCAGGUCCUGCCGUGUAGUUCUGGGCUGAUCCCUCACCUUCCUCAUGAUCAUUGAUGCCCCACGAGGUGAGAUCUUGCAUGGAGCCCCAGACCAAGGGUGAUUGACCGUCAUCUUGAACUUCUUCCAUUUUCUAAUAAUUGCGCCAACAGUUGUUGCCUUCUCACCAAGCUGCUUGCCUAUUGUCCUGUAGCCCAUCCCAGCCUUGUGCAGGUCUACAAUUUUAUCCCUGAUGUCCUUACACAGCUCUCUGGUCUUGGCCAUUGUGGAGAGGUUGGAGUCUGUUUGAUUGAGUGUGUGGACAGGUGUCUUUUAUACAGGUAAUGAGUUCAAACAGGUGCAGUUAAUACAGGUAAUGAGUGGAGAACAGUAGGGCUUCUUAAAGAAAAACUAACAGGUCGGUGAGAGCCGGAAUUCUUACUGGUUGGUAGGUGAUCAAAUACUUAUGUCAUGCAAUAAAAUGCAAAUUAAUUACUUAAAAAUCAUACAAUGUGAUUUUCUGGAUUUUUGUUUUAGAUUCCGUCUCUCACAGUUAAAGUGUACCUAUGAUAAAAAUUACAGACCUCUACAUGCUUUGUAAGUAGGAAAACCUGCAAAAUCGGCAGUGUAUCAAAUACUUGUUCUCCCCACUGUGUAUAUAUAUAUAUAUAUAUGUAUAUUGUGUGUUAUGUUAUAUAUUUAUAUGUGUGUAUAUAAUAUAUGUAUAUAUUAUAUUGUGUGUGUGGAAAAAUACAUGUUUAAAAAUGUCGCCCAAUCUAUUGACGACUCUCGGUCGACCAAGACUUUAUUUUAGUCGGGAACAGCCCUACUAUAUUGAAGGUUUACUUUUUUAAAUCACUUUGCCUAAAAUCAGUACGCUCAGCGAGUAGAUUGAUGGGCACUUAUUUUUGCUCUGGACAGCUCGCGUGUGCUGUGUGACGGCAUGUACCGCUCAAAGUUGUGACUCGAGAGCGUGGUGGUGCUUGAAUGAAUGGCUAAUCAUAUUGCUCAUAUACAAAUAGCAUGACAAUUUCGCAUACAGUCUUCAAUGGUUGACUGCGACAGAGCAGGUAAAUGUUGAACUGGAAUGCAGCAAUGUGCUAAAAUGUUGCUGGCCCUUUCGAACCAGUGACUGAACACUGGCCCAACACAUGUUUAUACUGGCCAAGUGCCACGGGCCAUCAUUAAUGUCGGACCCUGCACGCAAAAUAAAAUAAAUGAAUGGAUUUCGACUCAUCAUUACUACAUUAUGGGACGUGCAAAUUCAUGCUCUCUCCCUCCGUAUACGUUUUUUGGGACUGCACACAACAUACACCCAGAUACCGAGAGGCGGGACAGACAGCAGACUGUCAGACCAGCAGCGUUUCCCUGUCAUUGCUCACUUUGUGACUGACAGAUGGUUGUCCUAUCAAUAGAGCUCUAGAAUAUGCAUAUUGUUCAUUCUAGCAGGAGAGGGCUCGGCAGACUUUUUUCUGACUAGCGAAUUGAAAAGUAGCCUAUUUUUUUAAGUGGGAAAAGUACCUGGCUGAAAAUGAGUCUGUAAUCGUCUGUAAACUUUGUUGCUCCUUGCUGAAACAAGCAAGGUGUUGCAGCAAACGAGCACACAAAGGUGCAGCAGCAGAACAUAGAAAUAGAAUCUAUGGCAGCACAUGCAGUCAUGAGCAGAGAAGAGGAAAAAAUGUGUCUUAAUAUAUAUAUGAGUGGCGCAGUGGUCUAAGGCACUGCAUUGCAGUGCUAACUGUGCUACUAGAGAUCCUGGUUCGAAUCCAGGCUCUGUCGCAGCCGGCCGCGACCAGGGAGACUCAUGGGCGGGCGCACAAUUGGCCCAGCGUCGUCCAGGGUAGGGGAGGGAAUGGGCCGGUAUAAACCUUGUAAGAAUAUGCACACACACUUACAAUGGUGUUACAGAGGAUUGACGUGUGGUACCGCCAUUUUACUUUGUAUACAUAUUUUUUUUUUCUUCUUCUUUUUUUUCUCUGGCGAUUGGGCCUAUUUCAGUAUCUUUACCAGCCAUAUAACCAAAUGCCUGUCAGUGCCAACCACGUGGUGUUGACCGGUCUGAAUGGUCUCCCUGCUGCAGGUUGGGUGAUAAGUUCUACAAGGAUGCCAUUGAGCAGUGCCGCAGCUACAAUGCCCGCCUAUGUGCUGAGCGCAGUGUGCGCCUGCCCUUCUUGGACUCCCAGACUGGCGUGGCACAGAACAACUGCUACAUCUGGAUGGAGCGCCACCACCGCAGCCCUGGUGGGUAGAGAUAGAGAAGCAUGAUGGCUGGCUCUGUGGUUUACUAAAACUAUCAUUCAGUUGUUGAGGUUUACUGGGUAGUGUCAUCUGUGUCUAAAUAUGUCCAUAUAAUGAUAUCCAAUAGUGUUCAUGUUGCCUCCAACGAGAACCCUUCAUAUAUAUACAACUGUGUAAGGAUAUUGAGUUAACUCAUUUAGGGUCGAUAAGCAACACAUUAUGUAUCAGGCUGGGUGUGGGGUGGGGGGGCAGUGAGACCUGUGAGGUGUAUUCUUCAGUUCCUGUCUCUCUGUUUAUAGGGGUGGCUGCAGGUCAGAUGUACACAUACCCCGCCCGCUGCUGGAGGAAGAAGAGGCGGCUGCACACCUCCAUGGACCCUCCGUUGCGCCUCUGUGGCCUCCAGCUAGGUAAUAGAACCCCCCCCCACACACACACACACACACACACACACACACACAAAACUCCUGCAUCUCUCUGCUGUGUCUCAUCACCAGUCAGUCCAGUGCAUUCAUCUCCCAUUCUAUUAUCUUGUUAUUAUUUAUGAUCUGGAAUCAUCUAACUGAAAGCACAUCAUUCCAUUUCAGUGUGGAAAGCAAACAGCCUGCUAGUCACUUUUUAUCAAAUGAAAAGUGCUCAGUUCAGUGAGCCAGUAAACUUGUUUUGUGAGAACUAGAACAUGUAAUCAAAUUUUUGCCUUCUCAGCUGGGAGGAGAAGGACCGGAAUCACAACAGACUGCAUUAAAUAAAUGUUAUGAAAAAUAGAGUUUGUCGCUGCUCCUCAGAUAAGUUCCUGAGCAUUUUCUCACCAAAUUGCUCACUCUAUCACCCACGUCUAUUUAUUUUUACAUUUUAGUCAUUUAGCAGACGCUCUUAUCCAGAGCGACUUACAGUUAGUGCAUACAUUUUUUUACCUGUUCAUUCCUACACUCCCACACAUUAAGUCACUCCGCCCUACACUAUCUCACCCCCCCUCAGCUAUUUUCGCUCCCGAGCGCUCCUCACUCUCUCACUGCUAUGUUGGCUGGGUUUCUUACCUGGUCAGCUCACCAGAGCUUAAGUAACUGGUCAGUUCUGGGGCUAUGGCCUCCAGGGAUGUAACACUAGCCUAAAUAAUGGGCUUUUCUUAAAUUCCUAAUAAUAACUUUUCAUAACUGAUGGUUCAGUUCCCUUUUGCUGUUUCCCAGAAACAUGGUUCUCAAAAAUAGUUUUGAAAUAGCCACCAUAAUCCUGUUGAGAUUAAUAAUAAUACUCAGGUUUGUAUUGUUCUUCUGAUUGAGAGGGGUUGGGUUAAAUGCGGAAGACACAUUUAGGUUGAAUGCAUUCAGUUGUGCAACUGACUAGGUAUCCCCUUUCCCUUUCUCAUGGUUUUGAUCAAACUGGCUUCCAAGUUAUUUGUAAGGGACUUGUUGGAAGAGUGAAUAUGUUAUGAAUAUGUAGAACGAGGGAGAGCGCAAAAGAGCGAGAGCGAGAAUGAAACCCAGCCUUUGUUUCACUCACACUUCCUAUUGUAAUGUUUUCACUGAGCCUCACUCUGCUCUUCUCUACCUGUCACUAAGACACCCUGCUCUAACAGUAACACUGUGUAACAUACCAGUAAAUGUGAUCUGUGCCCAGUAGUGGAGCACUACCUGGCUCUGCCUGGUGUCUCCAGACUCUCCACUGGGAGAGGGCCUUCUCCUGUAGCUGGGCAGUGGUAGCUAGCGCUGCAGCCAGCCGGCGUUAGUGCUGCUGGCGGUCUGACUGGCGGUGAUAGAGGGAGACUUAGGCUGCAUGCAGAAUCAGCUCCCUGCUGCAGGCUGCCUGCUCUAUUUUUAGCCUGCAGCUCCCAGGGGGGAGAGGCUGUCUAGUCGCUGAGAGUUGAAAGUCAACGUGUGCAGACACAAUGGUGAGGGGCUUCGGAGUGUAUGAGCCCUCAGAGUUGCUAGCAUAUGGUAGUUAGUGCAUACCCCUGCCUCCCCCUGUUCUAUCUCCACCUCUACCUACUUAGAUCCUCACCACUCAUCAACAGCUGCAUGUUAGCAUUCAGCUCAGGGAGGGAGGUGAUUUCACUUGGUGAGAUGAGUGUCUGUGAAGGUAUGAUAAAAAGCUUAAGUUGAGGCUUUGAAGUCUGUCCUCUUUCUUAACAUCAUGAGGCUACUGCUGAAUGAAAUACCUUUCAGUGAAGAAAAAGUCUAUGAUGUCCAGGCUAGACUGACUACCAGCCAAUGUUAGUCUUUUAUCUCAUCCACACUCUGUUUUGACCUCUAUCACAAUACAAGAAGAGAAUCCUAUGGAACAUUUACAUUAAAGGGACAGUUCACCCAAAUCACAAAUGUACCUACAUUUAUGGACAGUUUGUUUAGUUACAACUUUGCAUUAACAUUAUUGAGUGUUAAAAAAAAAUGGCAGGUCGUCCCUGUUAGCAUGCUCUAAAUAGCAAGCCCACAUUAGCCUAGCUUUGUAACACGGCAUUACAUUGGAUUAAGCUAUCUUUCAUCUGCUGAAUAGAAACAUAAACUAUCUCACCUCCCUAAUGAAGGGAUUUGGUGUAUUAUAGUGAUGCUUUCAAAAAGCAAGCCAUUUGUAUGUUCCCGGGAAAGACUGACUAAAUGCGGUGCUGCCUGUCAGUGUCUUUAGAGUUACUGCUAUACAAUGUCUACUUUGAUUGAUGUGACGGGCGGCUCCCGGGUUUGUUUGAUUUACUUGUGUGAUUAUUCCUUUUUAUCCAGAUGGAGGACUCACAGGCAAGGAUGUGAUUCCCACACAGGGCACCACGCUGGAGGCUCUUCUCAGAGGGGAGGGCUUAGACCAGAGGAACAACUCAAAGGACGAGGAGAGCCUCCUAGAGAUCCAGGUGGGUCCUAAUGAAGUUUUAACCCAAUGGCUUCUGAGCAUAAUAACAGAACUCCCUGGAACAGUGUAUAAGAGCUAGGACUGUCCCCGACAAACAAAAAAAUGUCAUCCUGUUCUUUCAACCAAUCGAUUGAUCGAAAUGUUUGAAACUUAUUUUUCUAUAUGUAGACAGACACACCCUAUGUGUUUGAAUAAAACCAACUACGUAUGCACUAGGGGUGGGCGAUAUUAACAAAAAUUCAUAUCAAGAUAUUUUCCACUGUCCGGACGAUAAUGAUAUAAUAUCACGAUAUACUGUAAAAAAAUAAAUAAUCAAAGUUAAUAAAUUACUAAAUAUUGCUUUUAACCUUAUAGAAACAGAAAGGGGGCAUUGCACAUUUUUUAAAUUAUUAUUUGUUUUACUUCUGUGGUAAACCUGUGCAAACAUGAAACAUAAACAAAGGUAUAUGAGUUAAAUAAAUAUGCAGUAAAAUUUUAUAAAAAAAUAUUUGAAGUACUCAGGAUGUAAACUUUUUCCUGCCAAAUAUAAGAAGUGCAGUCUUUUUUCAGCAUAACACCGGUCAUUAUGAAUUCAAGUUGUAAACCUUUUCAAAUUAACUUCAAGCAUUAACCAGACAGUCUGUAUGUUUCUCAGUUCAGCAUGUAACAAUUCACUGCCUGUGGUCCUCUGUAGCUCAAUUGGUAGAGCAUGGCGCUUGUAACGCCAGGGUAGUGGGUUCGAUCCCCGGGACCACCCAUACGUAAAAAUUUAUGCGCACAUGACUGUAAGUCGCUUUGGAUAAAAGCGUCUGCUAAAUGGCUUAUUAUUAUUAUUAUUAUUAUUAUUAUUAUUAUUAUUAUUAUUACUGCCUCCCUCUUCACAAGUUCCGUGCCAGGAACACCAGCCUAUUGACAGUUUCUGGCUUCAAAGUUGCCCUGUGGCAUGUGACCACAUUGCCCCCAGUGCUAAAUGCUCUCUCAGAGGGCGAACUUGUGGCAGGGAUGCAUAAGUAUUUCUUUGUCAGACAACUCAAUUGUGGGAAGUUGGAUGCGUGAACUCGCCACCACUCCAAAGGAUCAGCCUCACUGUCUGCUGCCAUCAUCAGAGUGUAGCGGUCCAGCUCUUGCUCGGUGACCUGUCUCUGGGUUCUUAAAGCAGGUGCACUACUGGUUUUCUUAAAGAAGCUCCCAAGGCUCUUCUUGGACUUCUUUGCUGAUUGUGGAGCAGUGGCAGCUUCUUUCUCUCUCACUCUGGUCCUCUUCAAAAGAGAAGUCUCCCACGGCUGUGUUCCCUACCAGGAGGGCUUCUGUCUCGGAGGCAGCUCUCACCUUCACCUCCACCAGCUUCUCAGUGGUCAUGUAGGUGGUCUUGAACAUUGGGUCCAGAAAGGUAGCCAUGGUGAGGAGCUCAUCUGUUUCAGGGUCUGUGUAUUUGUCAUUCAGGUAAUUGAGGACCCUCAUCUUAAUCUCUCCGGUCAGUUUGGCUUCGCCCUCAUUUGAUUUCAGAACCUCCGUCUUGAACAAAUGGAGGACCGGCUUCAGAUAGGAGACACUCACGUAUGUCUCUCCUGACAGGGCAUCUGUGAAAUCCUGGAAGGGCUUAAGUGCUGCCGUGAUAGAUUCAAAGACCUCAAUGUCUUGCCAGGAGGGUGCAAGGUGCUGUGUUUUUUUGUCUGCUGCCAGGACUUGUAUGAUGGCCUUUUCCUGCUCCAGGACUCUUUCCAUCAUCUGCAGUCGAGAUCCCCACCUUGUCUGGGAUUCCGCGAUGAGCUUGUGGAGGGGCAGGCUCAGUUUAACUGUGCACUUGUCAGGGCCUUCUGCUUCUUCCAACUAUAGGAAAAUGUGCUGACCACUUUCUUGCACACUCCUGUGGCCCGGGAAACCCGAGGUUCAUUUUGGACACUCCUCUCUGCAAAAUAAAAAGGUGAAAAAUAAUUACAAAUGUAAUCCAUCUAUAGAUUUACAAACAACUGUUGUGAUGAAGAUAGCUAUGUUGCUUUAGAAAACUGGAUCAUUUGAGUAGGCUAUUUAUUAUUGAAAGAGAGAGGAUAGAUUAAUAUAUUGAAACCAUAGGCUAAUGUAUCAAUUAUAAAUAAAAGCAACGUAAUCCUAAUAUUCUAGAUUUGCAUAGCUGUAUAUAUCCGGUUUAACGUAUAAGAAGGAUCAGGCAGUGUAGUCAGCUCUAACUUUAAACAGAGGAUAUACGGAAUACAAUAGUUAUUCUGCAUUUUAUGUUGUUUUUAAGUGACGUUAUUUUUCUACCUAGCUGUAUGUGUUUUGGACGUUGAAACUUACCAAUAGCAAUGUGGAGCCUGUGUCCAUUUGUUCAGCUCCAAUGCUUUGUCGGUAGUUAUACAUACUUGACGCGACUCUUUCAAGCCCCAGAAUGAAAGUGCCUCCCUCAGCCCAGCUGCAAUUAUUUCUCCGGUGUGGUCGUCUGGGAAAUAAGAGGUCUGAAGGCAUUUGCUUUGCAGCUUCCAGUUGUCGUCAAUGUAAUGAAUCGUGAGGCUAAUGCAUGGCUCUGUGGUCCGGCAUGACCAUAAGUCGGCAGUGGUAGAGAAGAAUGCAGCGUUACGGAUUUCGUUGGCAACUCUGUCCCGACAUUCUGUGUAGAGUUCUGGCAGACAUGUUUUGCUGAAGUAUUUACGGCUCGGGAUCUCGUAUCUUGUGUCUAGAGUUCGAAUCAUCUUUCUGAAACCGUCUUUCUCCACAGUUUGAAUUGGUUCCAUGUAUUUUGCUAAAUGAUACGUAAUUGCACUCGUUAUCUCAUUCCACUUCUUGCUCUUCUUGUCAGUUCCAAACGACAGAGGAGGCCCCCUUUUUUCAAACCAAUUCUUCGUCGUCCUGCAAAUCAAUCUCAAUAGCGUUAUUUUCCUUGUCUUCAGUCAUCCUCAAUGCUUGAUUUUCGGACACUUUUGCUAACGAAAGGAGUUUACUUCACUAAAUGUUUGCUUACUCUGCAGUUGCGCAUGCUUGUUUGUUGACUUUGAUUGGCAGGCAGAUCGCGUGUAACGUCCAUGCUUCUAGUUUUUUUUUCUUUGCUAAAAAAGGCUAUGUUUCUAGUAAAAUAAACAAUUUGAACUUGCCCACUAGGCUGUAUCACUCACCAUACAUUUUAAACGAAACAAAAACGCCUUAUUUCAUACAUUAAUUUAUCAUGAUAUGCACGAUAUGGCAAAAUCCAUAUCACGGCACAACGUCAUACCGGUAUUCACAUUCAUACCGGUAUACCUCACACCCCUAAUAUGCACUGAGCUUGUCUACAUAAGCACACUGUUUGAUUAAAUAAUGAAGACACACAAAUGACUCAAAGAGCCCGAUGGUCACACUGUUAAAAAAAAAUGACAGCGAGUGCCUGUGUGACUGGCGCACAUUGUCUCGCUCUCCUCCCUAUUGCAGCGAAAAUUGUUUGUUUAUUGCGCUGUCUGUGCUGAAGCUGCAACAUAGUUUCAGCCAUUUCGUUUCUUACUUGUUUCUGACAUAAAAGUUCUGUUACCGACAUUCCUAAUUUGUUUAGGAAAAGCAUUCCAUAUUCCCUCAACACUUGCUCUCAUUACGUGAAACAUGUAAGCAUCGCAUGCAUGUGACCAAUAGGGCCUGACCUAUAGCCUAUCAUAAUCACAUCAAUACAUUGGUUAUAACAAACUCCGAACACAGUAAUGUGGACUGCAAAAUGGAUGUGGAGGACGUGUAAAAGAAACUCGAAACGGGCGAAUGUUUACUAGUUGCUCAGGAGGGAAAGGGGAAGUCAAAUGUGUGGAAGACAUUUGACUUACAGUUGAAGUCGGAAGUUUACAUACACCUUAGCCAAAUAGAAUUAAACUCAGUUUUCACAAUUCCUGACAUUUAAUCCUAGUAAAAAUUCUUAGUCUUAGGUCAGUUAGGAUCACCACUUUAUUUUAAGAAUGUGAAACGUCAGAAUAAUAGUAGAGUGAUUCAUUUCAGCUUUUAUUUCUUUCAUCACAUCCCCAGUGGGUCAGAAGUUUACAUGCACUCAAUUAGUAUUUGGUAGCAUUGCCUUUAAAUUGUUUAACUUGGGUCAAACGUUUCGGGUAGCCUUCCACAAGCUUCCCACAAUAAGUUGGGUGAAUUUUGGCCCAUUCCUCCUGACAGAGCUGGUGUAACUGAGUCAGGUUUGUAGGCCUCCUUGCUCGCACAUGCUUUUUCAGUUCUGCCCACAAAUUCUCUAUAGGAUUGAGGUCAGGGCUUUGUGAUGGCCACUCCAAUACCUUGACUUUGUUGUCCUUAAGCCAUAACUUUGGAAGUAUGCUUGGGGUCAUUGUCCAUUUGGAAGACCCAUUUGCGACCAAGCUUUAACUUCCUGACUGAUGUCUUGAGAUGUUGCUUCAAUAUAUCCACAUCAUUUUCCUUCCUCAUGAUGCCAUCUAUUUUGUGAAGUGCACCAGUCCCUCCUGCAGCAAAGCACCCCUACAGCAUGAUGCUGCCACCCCCGUGCUUCACGGUUGGGAUGGUGUUCUUCAGCUUGCAAGCAUUCCCCUUUUUCCUCCAAACAUAACGAUGGUCAUUAUGGCCAAACAGUUCUAUUUUUGUUUCAUCAGACCAGAGGGCAUUUCUCCAAAAAGUACGAUCUUUGUCCCAAUGUGCAGUUGCAAACCGUAGUCUGGCUUUUUUAUGGCAGUUUUGGAGCAGUGGCUUCUUCCUUGCUCAGCGGCCUUUCAGGUUACAGUGGGGAGAACAAGUAUUUGAUACACUGCCGAUUUUGCAGGUUUUCCUGCUUACAAAGCAUGUAGAGGUCUGUAAUUUUUAUCAUAGGUACACUUCAACAGUGAGAGACGGAAUCUAAAACAAAAAUCCAGAAAAUCACAUUGUGUGAUUUUUAAGUAAUUAAUUUGCAUUUUAUUGCAUGACAUAAGUAUUUGAUACAUCAGAAAAGCAGAACUUAAUAUUUGGUACAGAAACCUUUGUUUGCAAUUACAGAGAUCAUACGUUUCCUGUAGGUCUUGACCAGGUUUGCACACACUGCAGCAGGGAUUUUGGCCCACUCCUCCAUACAGACCUUCUCCAGAUCCUUCAGGUUUCGGGGCUGUCGCUGGGCAAUACAGACUUUCAGCUCCCUCCAAAUAUUUUCUAUUGGGUUCAGGUCUGGAGACUGGCUAGGCCACUCCAGGACCUUGAGAUGCUUCUUACGGAGCCACUCCUUAGUUGCCCUGGCUGUGUGUUUCGGGUCGUUGUAAUGCUGGAAGACCCAGCCACGACCCAUCUUCAAUGCUCUUACUGAGGGAAGGAGGUUGUUGGCCAAGAUCUCACGAUACAUGGCCCCAUCCAUCCUCCCCUCAAUACGGUACAGUCAUCCUGUCCCCUUUGCAGAAAAGCAUCCCCAAAGAAUGAUGUUUCCACCUCCAUGCUUCACGGUUGGGAUGGUGUUCUUGGGGUUGUACUCAUCCUUCUUCUUCCUCCAAACACGGCGAGUGGAGUUUAGACCAAAAAGCUCUAUUUUUGUCUCAUCAGACCACAUGACUUUCUCCCAUUCCUCCUCUGGAUCAUCCAGAUGGUCAUUGGCAAACUUCAGACGGGCCUGGACAUGCGCUGGCUUGAGCAGGGGGACCUUGCAGGAUUUUAAUCCAUGACGGCGUAGUGUGUUACUAAUGGUUUUCUUUGAGACUGUGGUCCCAGCUCUCUUCAGGUCAUUGAUCAGGUCCUGCCGUGUAGUUCUGGGCUGAUCCCUUACCUUCCUCAUGAUCAUUGAUGCCCCACGAGGUGAGAUCUUGCAUGGAGCCCCAGACCGAGGGUGAUUGACCGUCAUCUUGAACUUCUUCCAUUUUCUAAUAAUUGCGCCAACAGUUGCCUUCUCACCAAGCUGCUUGCCUAUUGUCCUGUAGCCCAUCCCAGCCUUGUGCAGGUCUACAAUUUUAUCCCUGAUGUCCUUACACAGCUCUCUGGUCUUGGCCAUUGUGGAGAGGUUGGAGUCUGUUUGAUUGAGUGUGUGGACAGGUGUCUUUUAUACAGGUAACGAGUUCAAACAGGUGCAGUUAAUAAAGGUAAUGAGUGGAGAAAAGUUUUUCUUUAAGAAGCCCUCGUAACAGGUCUGUGAGAGCCGGAAUUCUUACUGGUUGGUAGGUGAUCAAAUACUUAUGUCAUGCAAUAAAAUGCAAAUUAAUUACUUAAAAAUCACACAAUGUGAUUUUCUGGAUUUUUGUUUUAGAUUCCGUCUCUCACUGUUGAAGUGUACCUAUGAUAAAAAUUACAGACCUCUACAUGCUUUGUAAGUGGGAAAACCUGCAAAAUCGGCAGUGUAUCAAAUACUUGUUCUCCCCACUGUAUGUCGAUAUUGGACUUGUUUUACUGUGGAUAUAGAUACGUUUGUACCUGUUUCCUCCAGCAUCUUCACAAGGUAAUUUGCUGUUGUUCUGGGAUUGAUUUGCACUUUUCGCACCAAAGUACGUUCAUCUCUAGGAGACAGAAUGUGUCUCCUUCCUGAGCGGUAUGACAGCUGCUUGGUCACAUGGUGUUUAUACUUGCGUACUAUUGUUUGUACAGAUGAACGUGGUACCUUCAGGCAUUUGGAAAUUGCUCCCAAGGAUGAACCAGACUUGUGGAGGUCUACAAUUUUUUUUUCUGAUGUCUUGGCUGAUUUCUUUUGAUUUUCCCAUGAUGUCAAGCAAAGAGGCACUGAGUUUGAAGGUAGGCCUUGGAAUGCAUCCACAGGUACACCUCCAAUUGACUCAAAUGAUGUCAAUUAGCCUAUCAGAAGCUUCUAAAGCCAUGACAUCAUUUUCUGGAAUUUUCCAAGCUGUUUAAAGGCAAAGUCAAUUUAGUGUAUGUAAACUUCUGACCCACUGGAAUUGUGAUACAGUGAUUUAUAAGUGAAAUAAUCUGUCUGUAAACAAUUGUUGGAAAUAUUACUUGUGUCAUGCACAAAGUAGAUGUCCUAACCGACUUGUCAAAACUAUAGUUUGUUAACAAGAAAUGUGUGGAGUGGUUGAAAAAACAAGUUUUAAUGACUCCAAUCUAAGUGUAUAUAAACUUCCGACUUCAACUGUAGUUGUGGAAACUACUGGAGAUCAAGAAAAAGGAGAGUAUAGGAGCGAGAGCUGCGUGCAUAUUAUAUGUGAAGAACAGGUGCUGUUAGAUUACAAUAUUGUUAUGCCUGUUUGGAACAGUGUAAACAACACUAAAUAAAUGAUAAGUAAUACCAGUCUGUUCUAAUGAAAACUAAUUGUAAAGCCAUUAUUACAGCAUAGCAAAGAUUAAAAACAGCCACAUUUGUGAAAUUGCUUUAUCUGACGUUUUGCCAUUGCAUGAGGGUUGGUGCUCACGGAGUCAGUAGGCUAUUAAACAAACACUCAAACAGGCAACAGAAGCAAGAUCUGUCUUAUUUCUGUAGAUAUAUAUGGAUGAUUUAUAAAGCCAGGCACAUUUAACAGUUAGGCUGUUGAUUAUAGACUUAAUUAAGUUGGUUUCCUCUCUCCUCAAUUUUCUUAGACAAUUAGGCAAAGCAUUAUUCGCAUGGGACUAGUAUUACUAGAUAACUUUGGUUAUAUAAUUAUUAUCUCAGAAUGUCCAUUAUUCCAGAAGAUGAUUCGUUUUUUCCAAACUGUCCCCAGUAAUUCAUUCUUUUUUUCCAAUAAAUUGACAGUUAUGACGGAAACCUGGAGGUUUUUUUUUCUAGGCGUGAAGAUAUUUCAAUAAGUCCAGGCGUUUCCAAACGUUUUGGUCAGUUGUAUGCUGCUUUUUUUAUCUAUUAACAGCAAGGGUUACAUUAAAUAGGCGCAGUAUUUUUUACUGAUGCAUUUGUCAAUUAUUCAAUUCAUACACACAAAACAUAUGAACAAAAGCAUUCACUGUGAAAGUUGAUACAUGUAGGCCCUUCAUAUAUAGGCUAUGCGCAGCACUUCGUUCAGUUUAUCCAAUCAGUUAUUGUUUUCUUGCACAAACCGUGAGCAACACCUGUCAAACUCAGACAUUUCUCUCCAAAACACAGGGAUGUCGAUUCGCACGGCACUAGUAUUAUCAGAGGACCAGUAGGUUAUUCUGGCUGGAGUUGUUACUCUCCUGUCAUGUACAAAUUACUGACAUGGCAGAUUCCAACGGGACUAAAAUUACAGAUGUGGUGUUGUGCUUGUGCACAUAAUUACAUUACCCGACCACCCCGAGUAAAACUAAUCUCGUCCGAAUAGGGUUUAAGGCAUUGUUCUCAAUCUAAAUAUGCAGGUUAAUUUUGGCUAUUAUGCACAUAGCUACAUAGAGAAAGGUGGCAAUUAUAUGGCACACUGAAGAUUGUUUCAGAAUCACAGACAGCGACCAUAUCCAACGCAGGAGAAAGUGCAUUUGUUAUAAAAUAAUAUUUGAUUUAUUAGUGUUGCACCAUUCUUUUUACAUACAGUGCAUUCGGAAAGUAUUCAUACCCCUUCCCUUUUUCCACAAUUUGGAUCCUGUUUCCAUUGAUCAUCCUUGAUGUUUCUACAACUUGAUUGGAGUCCACCUGUGGUAAAGUCAAUUGAUUGGACAUGAUUUGGAAAGGCACACACCUGUCUAUAUAAGGUCCCACAGUUGACAGUGCAUGUCAGAGCAAAAACCCAAGCCAUGAGGUCGAAGGAAUUGUCUGUAGCGCUCCGAGACAGGAAUGUGUCGAGGCACAGAUCUGGGGAAGGGUACCAAAAAUGUCUGCAGAACACAGUGGCCUCCAUCAUUCUUAAAUGGAAGAAGUUUGGAACCACCAAGACUCUUCCUAGAGCUGGCCACCCGGCCAAAUUGAGCAAUCUGGAGAGAAGGGCCUUGGUCAGGGAGGUGACCAAGAACCUGAUGGUCAAUCUGACAGAGCUCCAGAGUUCCUCUGUGGAGAUGGUUGUCCUUCUGGAAGGUUCUCCCAUCUCUGCAGCACGCCACAAAUCAGGCCUUUUAUGGUAGAGUGGCCAGACGGAAGCAACUCCUCAGUAAAAUGCACAUGACAGCCCGCUUGGAGUUUGCCAAAAGGCACCUAAAGGACUCUCAGACCAUGAGAAACAAGAUUCUCUGGUCUGAUGAAACCAAGAUUGAACUCUUUGGCCUGAAUGCCAAGUGCCACGUCUGGAGAAAACCUGGCACCAUCCCUACGGUGAAGCAUGGUGGUGGCAGCAUCAUGCUGUGGGGAUGUUUUCCAGUGGCAGGGACUGGGAGACUAGUGAUAAUCAAGGGAAAGAUGAAUGGAGCAAAGUACAGAGAGAUCCUUUAUUAAACAUUUUACAUUUACAUUACAUUUUAGUCAUUUAGCAGACGCUCUUAUCCAGAGCGACUUACAGUUAGUGAAUGCAUACAUGUUUUGAUAUUUUUUUUUUUUUCUUUUUUUUUCAUAAAUAAAGCCCACAUCCCUGCCGGCCAAACUCUCCCCUACCUUGGACAACGCUGGACCAAUUGUGCGCCGCCCAUGGGUCUCCCGGUCGCGGCCGGCUGCGACAGAGCCUGGACUCGAACCAGGAUCUCUAGUGGCACAGCUAGCACUGCGAUGCAGUGCCUUAGACCACUGCCCCACUCGGGAGAAACCUGCUCCAGAGCGCUCAGGACCUCAGACUGGGGCGAAGGUUCACCUUCCAACAGGACAACGACCCUAAGCACACAGCCAAGACAACGCUGGACUGGCUUCGGGACAAGUCUCUGAAUGUCCUUGAGUGGCCCAGCCAGAGCCCAGACUUGAACAUGAUCGAACAUCUUUGGAGAGACCUGAAAAUAGCUGUGCAGUGAUGCUCCCCCAUCCAACCUGAUAGAACUUGAGAGGAUCUGUAGAGAAGAAUGGGAGAAACAUUUUGCUUUGUCAUUAUGGGGUAUUGUGUGUAGAUUGAUAAGGGAAAAAAACAAUUUGAUCAAUUUUAGAAGAAGGCUGUAACGUUUUCAAAAUGUGGAAAAGUCAAGGGUCUGAAUACUUUUUGAAUGCACUGUAAUAUAACCAUAUAUAAUUUCAGUAGCACGGUGCCAUCCCCAUGGCCUCCACAAUGGAUUAGUCCACUGAGAUGGCGUCAAUCAGACAGGUGUCUUGUGCACCAUGAAAACCGACUAAAGAAAUCUCGGUCGACCAACAGCCUAUCGACCAAACAAUCGACCAGUCGACUAAAUGGGGUCAGCCCUGAUAAGGGCACACUGUGAUAACAUGCUCAAAUAGCAAGUAUCAGAGGUUUAUGACCAUAUCAUCUUUUAUUACAGCCAUCUAUUAUGGACACAUUUUAUUACCUCAUUUUAUAGUUCAUCAGACAGUCAGACAGUGGCUUUGACCUCCAGACGAGAUUGAUCUCUCUAUUCCCUUUUCUCCACAGAGGGUCUUGGAGGCUGAUGCAGCUGAAGAUGCUUACCAUGACGAUGAGGACUAUGAAGUGGACACCCCAAAAAAAAGACACAGAGGAAAAGGCAGAGUAAGUGAUCUACAGAGACAUACUGUACUGUAGUAAACUACUGCUAAUGCACAUGACUGACCUAGUUAAUAAUUCAUUAAUGGAUUCAGUCCCUCACUGGUACUAUAUUUGCAUUCAUUAUCCAUGCAUCUGUGCUGUGAGCACUUCCUGUUAUCUGAAUACCACUCAGUGCUAGAGAAUGAUCUGAAUCAAUUAAUUAUAAUGCAUCAAUUAAUCUUGGUACCGUGGUUAAGUGCUAUUACAUUUAUACUGACAGAAUUACAUUAUAGAUUAUUCUUUUUUUCAACACAAUCCAGUCAUAAGCUUUAGAAAAUACCUGUCCUGAGAAACAUUUCCUUCAUACAGACUGUUACUAUGACAGUGAUGACGAAGGAAACAGACAACCUGUAGCUAUGAACUACCAUCUCACCUAUUAUUCUGCCAGCCAGUUGAAUGCACCCGUAGAAAUUUGCUUAUCUGUUGGCUGCUUUCUUUGCAAGUGAAAUUUCUUAUACAAAUCACCUUCCCCCUUUCUACUCUUUGUGUAUCUUUCCAACAAAAAUACCCUUAACAAAUCAUAGUUUCAACUAAUGGGUUAGAAAUAUAUCCUACCAUAUACAGUUGUUGGCUGGCAGGAAAGAUGUCGGUUUGAUCUCACAGGUAUUAGUGUUUGCCUAUUGAUGCACUCUCUUGAGUGUGCUGGAUCUGCCUUUAUGAGGUGGUAAAUUGUCAGUUGGACAUUUAGUUUAGUAUGAUAUGGGCUUAUACUGUAGGUUUCCAUUUCAUUUGCAUGACACUUUGUUGUCAUAUACUUCUGCUUGCCCCUUCCAUUGAAUCACUGAGUCACUAUGGCUUCUGCUGGCUUAGAGCUGUGGUGUCAUUGGUCACCAUGGUGAUGGUGGUUUUGUCCGCACAGGGUCGGGGUUCAGGCCGCAGGAGGACAGAGAUGGAUGACCAGGACAAGCCAUACAGUUGUGACAGUAAGUAGACAAGUCAAGUAAUGAUCAACCUCCCUCACAUAUCAUAUCAAAAGGUGCAUUAUGAUAUCAUCCAGUCAUGAGACAUUUGAUCUCCAUUUCAAGUGGUUGGUUUUGUUAAGGACAUUCUCCUGAAGAUAGCUGAUGGUACUACCAUGACUCCGUAAGCUAGUUGAACAGUAUAUUUAAUAUUAAAAAUGGAUAUUGAUUUCUCUGGUCUGUUCUGGAUAUCUUUCUACAAAGGGAUUAAGUGCUGUGGUUCCCUCAGGACAGCAUAUCAAUGAUCUAGCCAUCAGGCCUUAACUCAAACUAAAUGAAACCCUAACAUAUCAUCACUAUGUAGAUAAUAGUCAUUCAAAUCCCACUUGGAGAACUCCCACAUUUAUCAGAGCCAUGUGUAUUUCCAUAUGCUUCUUAAGGAAGAUGAAAAGCACAGAGGAGACAGUGUUGUCACUGUCUCAAGUAGUCCAGUAGGCAUGACAUUUGCAUGUGGAAAACCUAGGCAGAAGUAAUGGAAUUUCUGUUGUUGUGGGAACUCUUUACUCAUGGGGACUCUUUACUCUUUAAGCAUUCCAUUUUCUUUAUUUCUUUCCUUUUUUUGUUUUGCUUUGUGUUUUCUGUGUUUCAGACAGAUACUAACAAAGGCAUAAGUCAAAAACGGCAGCCUCGGGUAUCUGGACAUUUGGAUUUGUUUGAUGUAGUUGAUUAGUAUUCCCAGUGAUCUUAUUGGUAUACUCUACAUCCGUUCUCUAAACAAUGAGUCAAUGUUGUAUGACUCUUGACACACUUAUGUUCCCACAUCAGGGUUAUGCUUUCUCCUGGUUGUGUUCCGUAUUACUGAGGUGUGAACCAGUUCCCUGUAUUUUCAUACCUUUCUCCAACAGAUAAGCUAAGCUCCACCGUUUUGGGUCCUAUCAGUGUAUUUACAGAACUCAACUUGUUGAAAUUCUCAAGGCAUGUUUUGUUAGUCUACGGAUAUGACCUUAUUUAGCAACCUUACUGGGCAUACUUGAAGCCAUUGUGCAACAAUAAUAACAUGAAUGCUCAAAGGUGGAAAACAUACUACCUGACACUACCAGUGUACCUAAUGUUGAAAUGGAUCCUAAUGUUUUCAGUGCAGUGAUGGGAACAUUGUGAUGUAAAGGUCUUUUUGAAUUUUUACCAAAUCCCCAAUGUGUCGAGCUCUGAAAGUGACACAUAAAUGCAAUUCGUAAUUUCUCUGUCUCGAUAGACACGUUCUAAGAAGGGAAGAACUGAAUGUUUUGUCUCUGUUUUGUGCUCUCUCAGUCUGUGGGAAGCGCUACAGGAAACGUACAGGGCUGAGUUACCACUACACCCAUUCCCACCUGGCAGAGGAGAGGGGGUCCGAGUCCUCCCGAUCACCCUCCACACAGCGCUCUGACCGACACAAACGUAAGACACGCAAACUGAUAUUCAAGGCCUCUAAAAUCAAAUCUAAUCUAAUUUUAUUGGUCACAUGCGCCGAAUACAACAGGUGUAGACCUUACAGUGAAAUGCUUACUUACAAGCCCUUAACCAACAAUGCAGUUUUAAGAAAAAUAAGUGUUAAGUAAAAAAUAGAUAAGUAAAUAAAAAAUUAAGAGCAGCAGUAAAAUAACAGUAGCGAGGCUAUAUACAGGGGAUACCGGUACAGAGUCAAUGUGCGGGGGCACAGGUUAGUCGAGGUAAUUGAGGUAAUAUGUACAUAGAGUUAAAGUGACUGCAUAGAUAAUAACAGAGAGUAGCAGCAGCGUAAAAGAGGGGGUGGGGGGGGCGGACAAUGCAAAUAGUCAGGGUAGCCAUUUGAUUAGCUGUUCAGUAGUCUUAUGGCUUGGGGGUAGAAGCUGUUAAGAAGCCUUUUGGACCUAGACUUGGCGCUCCGGUACCGCUUGCCGUGCGGUAGCAGAGAGAACAGUCUAUGACUAGGGUGGCUGGUGUCUUUGACAAUUUUUAUGGCCUUCCUCUGACACUGUCUAGUAUAGAGGUCCUGGAUGGCAGGAAGCUUGGCCCCAUUGAUAUACUGGGCCAUACGCACUACCCUCUGUAGUGCCUUGCAGUCGGAGGCCGAGCAGUUGCCAUACCAGGCAGUGAUGCAACCAGUCAGGAUGGUCUCGAUGGUGCAGCUGUAUAACUUUUUGAGGAUCUGAGGACCCAUGCCAAAUCUUUUCAGUCUCCUGAGGGGGAAUAGGCUUUGUCGUGCCCUCUUCACGACUGUCUUGGUGUGUUUGGACCAUGAUAGUUUGUUGGUGAUGUGGACACCAAGGAACUUGAAGCUCUCAAACUGCUCCACCACAGCCCCGUCGAUGAGAAUGGGGCCGUGCUCGGUCCUCCUUUUCUUGUAGUCCUCAAUCAUCUCCUUUGUCUUGAUCACGUUGAGGGAGAGGUUGUUAUCCUGGCACCACACGGCCAGGUCUCUGACCUCCUCCCUAUAGGCUGUCUCAUCGUUGUCGGUGUUCAGGCCUACCACUGUUGUGUCGUCGGCAAACUUAAUGAUGGUGUUUGAGUCGUGCCUGGCCAUGCAGUCAUGGAUGAACAGGGAGUACAGGAGGGGACUGAGCACGCACCCCUGAGGGGCCCCCGUGUCGUGGUAGGCCUGACAAUGUCUCUCUUCUAGUUUCACCAUCCGCAACAGAAAUAUACAGAGAGCCAAUGUGUGUUUUUGAAUGUCAUUGGCUAUUCCUAGUAUGUAGUUUGCAUAUUCAUGUGAGCUUUGUUGCAGUCAAUUAGCUAAAGUAGGGAUAGCUGUAACUGUAGCUGUAACAGUGCACCAGGUGUACCUGUGCCUCAUGGCUGACCACCUCCACUGGGCUGUCAACAUGUAUUUCUGUCUUCAGUGCAAGUUCACUAGCCCCAUUUUAAUCAACAAUGUACACUAAUAAUUUUUAGGUCAGCCCUGUUUGAGGACUUUGAAAACGUUAUUUUUUCAUUCAUUUUAUUAAAAUGUAGUUGAUCCAGCCUUCUUCUGUUCAUCCUCUGCAGGUCAGAAGGUUCCAGGAGGGACUGCCAUUACCAAUAACUACUGCAACUCGUGCCAGUGCACCCCAGGCUCCAACAAGCAGAGGGGUAAAUCUGGGGAGAGGGGUCCCUGCUCAGUCUGCCGGCGCUCCAGUGAGUACCCUGCUAUGCUACACAGCAUCCCAAACCAUGACUAUGACUAAGCUGUACUGAUUGCUGUACUGUAGCUGUUAUGUGCUACCGUCAUCCUGUCAUCUUGUUGUUGCCAGCUGGACGCCCAGAAGAGGAGGAGGACAGCAGGCCGUUUGCCGGGGCAGAGGAACUGUUUGGCACCACCUCGGAGAGUGACACGUCCACGUUUCACGGCUUUGAGGACGAUGAGCUUGAAGAGCCCUCAUCAAACGGCAAGGGGAUGUCCAACCAAUACAGAUAGAGAAGAACUUUCUAGGUUUAAAGACUAUUUUUAAUAUGGAUAACCUCUGGCAAAAGUCUGCUGCUUCUUUUUAAAUGUUCUUAUUUAAAGUGAUUAUUUCAGGAGAGAAAUGAAAGAAGUGUUAAUUUGUUAUCUACGGAACCUUGUUUAAUAAUUUAUGAACGUGUUUUUUUACAUUCACUUUGAAAGCAACUGACAGUGUUUCUUGACAAAUGACUUGCUCCCCAUGUGAAAUGGAAAGAAGAAGAAUUUCUUGGAUUGUUUUUCCACUGGAGCAGAAAAGGCAAUUAUGUUAUGAAAAAACACUGGAACGUGUGGAUAUAAUUUUUAUGAUAUUUUUUGGAUGAUUUGCCAGAGAAAAUAUAAUCCAAUAAUUUAUCUGAAAUUAAAUGAGUUAAAUGACAAUGUCUGGAUGAAGAAUGAAUGUCAACACAAACCCUUCCCUCGGCUUGUUGAUGUCACUAGAAUCACCAGGCAGUUUGGAAAGAGGAGCUUUUAGAUGACACUUCCACUGCUUCCUCCUCUGGAUUAUAAUAAUGUGAAAAUGGAGUGAAGUAAAGGAAUGAAGGAUUGAUGUGUGGAUUAAACAGAGGGCUAUACCAGAAGCAGGGCAUGGCUAGCUGAAAGGUAUGCACCUAGGUCCUAUUCAAACAUAGUAGUACAGUACUUUUUCAUUUAAAUACAAGGUAUAUUCUUAUUCUAUCAGUUCAUGCCUUGCAUUUGCCAUCAACAAACAAAGAUAUGCCAGCUAUCUUGGAGAGAGUGACUCCACAAUCUGACCCAUUUGUCUCUGUUGUAGGGGUGGGGUUCAGGACCCUCAACUGGCCUCCACACACCCCUCCACUGGACCCAAAGACCCUAUCUGGCUGACAGUCAGCCACCAAACAGCCAUCCAUCUAACAGCUAUCCUGCCAGCUGCCAGCGACCACACAACCCCAUACUCCCUGACUCAGACCUUUUCUGUUUUUGAAGCAAUUUCUCCCGAGAAUAUGUAUUGUUUGGACCCUGUGGCCUCCUCCUCUACAGCUGUGUGGCCACCAUGCCCAGCCGGCGGGAUCCAAUGUGACACAGACGUCAUUAAUUUCAUCACUGUGCCAGCCUGCGACCCAGGCGAGAAACCAGCUCUGACAGCCAUGAUGUCCCAGUGACCUCACUGGAAACACCCUUGAACUCUAACCUCUGCUCCUGUCAUAGCAGCGGUCUGGACUUCCUCCGUCACUUAUAUAACAAAACCUCUGGACUACUUAGACUCUCUCUUACUCUCUUUAAUAUGUCUCUUGAACGGGCCAAACGAUUCUAGAGUUUUCUUUAAUCCCUUCCAUCCUGAAGUUUGAAUUGUGCUAUAUACCUUUUGUUUUGAACAAAGUAUUGACAGAUUGGGUUGUUAGUGUCAUUUUGGUGAGAGGUGGAUUUUUUAUUAUUCUGAUGUAUUCUGUUUGUUCUGGCUUUGUUGAUACCUCUGUCUUUCUACAAUACCUACUACUACUCAGGCGUAUGAUUUGUACUGCUGUUGAUUGUUCUUCUCUCUGCGUCAUGAUGCAUUGUCAAGCCACUGUCCCCUGCCUGGCUCAUGUGAUUGUAUUCCAUUGGUCGAAAGGUUGAAAAUACCUAAUGAGGAUGUUAACAAGGAAUCAGAAAGGGGAAUAUAAUGGAAUGGAUGCCCCAUGGUUUAGUCAUCACAAUAAAACCUUUACUGAUCCCAGCUUUAACAAACAAUCGCAAUAGAAAAACAUUCUGAACUGUGCCCAACCAAGUUCACUGUGCCCAACCAAGUCCAUAUUUUCUCCUUCCUCUGACUCACUUGUCAAACACUUUUGUCCAGAAUCACUUACAUGGCAUGUGUGCAUAAUGCAAGGAGAGUUACGUACAAUUGCAGAAGGAGUCUUUAAGCUGUAAAACAAUGUUAUUUGUGACAUUUGCU